CUCCCCGCUCCCUAUUCUCCUUUCACACACCAGCACACCCCGGCUUCUGUUAAGGCCGAGGCUGCGUGCACGUUGGCAUUUACCAGACAGCUCCGGCAUGUCACUCCCUCUGACAGCCCAGGACACACACGGACACGCUACGGACAAAGUGGGAACCUAUCAAACCAGCAAGACACAGUAGGACAAAGUUGGGACCGAUCAAACCAGCAAGACACAGUAGGACAAAGUUGGGACCGAUCAAACCAGCAAGACACAGAAGGACAAAGUUGGGACCGAUCAAACCAGCAAGACACAGUAGGACAAAGUUGGGACCGAUCAAACCAGCAAGACACAGUAGGACAAAGUUGGGACCGAUCAAACCAGCAAGACACAGUAGGACAAUGAUCUAGUCUUAGACCUACAUUGGUCAGAUCUAGUCUUAAACUUAGAUUGGUCAGAUCUAAUUUUAGAUUUAAAUUUGUCUGAUCUCGUCUUAGGCCUACAUUGGUCUGAUCUAGUCUUAGAUUUAGAUUGGUCUAAUGAAGUCUUAGACUUACAUUGGUCUGAUCUGGUCUUAAGACUUAGAUUGGUCUGAUAUAGUCUUAGACCUACAUUGGUCUGAUCUGGUGUUAGACUUAGAUUGGUCUGAUCUAGUCUUAGACCUACAUUGGUCAGAUCUUGUCUUAAACUUAGAUUGGUCAGAUAUAAUUUUAGAUUUAAAUUUGUCUGAUCUAAUUUUAGAUUUAAAUUAGUCUGAUCUCGUCUUAGGCCUACAUUGGUCUGAUCUAGUCUUAGAUUUAAAUUGGUCUGAUCAAGUCUUAGACAAAGUGGGGACCGAUCAAACCAGCAAGACACAGUAGGACAAAGUUGGGACCGAUCAAACCAGCAAGACACAGUAGGACAAAGUUGGGACCGAUCAAACCAGCAAGACGCAGUAGGACAAAGUUGGGACCGAUCAAACCAGCAAGACACAGGAGGACAAAGUUGGGACCGAUCAAACCAGCAAGACACAGUAGGACAAUGAUCUAGUCUUAGACCUACAUUGGUCAGAUCUAGUCUUAAACUUAGAUUGGUCAGAUCUAAUUUUAGAUUUAAAUUUGUCUGAUCUCGUCUUAGGCCUACAUUGGUCUGAUCUAGUCUUAGAUUUAGAUUGGUCUAAUGAAGUCUUAGACCUACAUUGGUCUGAUCUGGUCUUAAGACUUAGAUUGGUCUGAUAUAGUCUUAGACCUACAUUGAUCUGAUCUGGUGUUAGACUUAGAUUGGUCUGAUCUAGUCUUAGACCUACAUUGGUCAGAUCUUGUCUUAAACUUAGAUUGGUCAGAUAUAAUUUUAGAUUUAAAUUUGUCUGAUCUAAUUUUAGAUUUAAAUUAGUCUGAUCUCGUCUUAGGCCUAUAUUGGUCUGAUCUAGUCUUAGAUUUAAAUUGGUCUGAUCAAGUCUUAGACAAAGUGGGGACCGAUCAAACCAGCAAGACACAGUAGGACAAAGUUGGGACCGAUCAAACCAGCAAGACACAGUAGGACAAAGUUGGGACCGAUCAAACCAGCAAGACACACCGGAGACCUUCAGGCACCGAGACAUCAACACUCCACCUGAGAAUGUGACAACAAGACACGCGGACAGGAUGGAAAGACAAAACGGAAAUAUGUCGCCUUUCAAAGCAAAUGAGAGCUCCGUGAAAGGAAAACCUGCAUACUCGGUGGAAACCCCGUACGGUUUCCGUCUAGACUUGGACUUCCUGAAGUAUGUGGACGAUAUCGAGAAAGGGAACACCAUAAAAAGAGUCCCCAUCCAUCGCCGAAGCAAAGGCCCUCUGGCUAACACUCUUCCCCGGCACCUUCACCCCUCAGGCUACCGCCCUAGCGCAUGGGGAUCGACCGGAGCCCUCGGCCCCAGGUCUCGACCGCCCGAUGACCGUCAUCAUGCCGCUUCCUGGUUGUACGAUUACAGGAAGCCCGUUUCUCCGAGAGGAUUAGCAGAAAUGGAGGCCAAGAUCAGAGAUUUUGAUGAGCAGCCCUUGGGCGAGCAUAUCCGACCUCAUCUCCUCCGAGCCUCCAGUAUGCCGCUCACGGUGUUGUUGAGACAAGGAUCAGAGUCGACGGAUGAACUCGGCAGUCCUUGCGGUUCAAGGGAUCACCUCGGAGGCAUAAAUAGCUCCUGUGAAGACAUCUUUGACGUCCCUCGGGACUGUUCAGGCCUGGUAAGGCGCCUGACGGAAGCUCUUGAACAUGUGGAGGAGCUGGAGAAGGAAGUUCAGGUUAUUCCAGACCUCAGAGCUCAGAUCAGUUUUCUCCAGGAGGAAAAAGAAAGGCUGCGCUCGAAAAUUCACAUGGCAUCAUUGAACGGAACCACCGGCCACCACGUCUCCGCCGACAAGAAAAGGCCGCGGCAUGACCGGUGCGGCAACGGUCAAGAGUCGAAUCCCGCGCACGAGUGGAGGGCGAGCGCGGAUCUGGACGAACUGCUGACGGUCACGUCCCUCCAAGCCAAAGUAGCCGCGGUGGAGCAGAAGCUCCACGAGACGGAGCUUGAACUCCAGAAGGUCACAGGGAGGCUGAGGCAGCAGCAAAAAGAGAGCAGGAGCAAAGAGGAACAGAUCGAACACCUCAGCGCACGGCCCGGGGUGUGGGUUCGCGCAGAGCGGGUGGUGGUGGACCAGGAGGGGGGGGAGAUGACAAAUGGAGAAAGUUCACUGCUGCCUGCAGAUGCUGGGGCUCACACUUUGGACACGGCCGUGGUGGUCCACCACAUACAUCGAAUCAAGCGGCUCUUGGAUCAGCAGUGGGAGUGUUUGAGCGCCACAGACGAAGAGCUGAUUAGCCCGAGAGUGAUCUCCGUGCAGCAGGAGAUGAUGGACCUCAUCGACGUCCUUACCUCCCACUACACGCGGUCUGAACGCAACCGUGGACAAAGUCUUCAACACCAAGAUGGUGAAUGCGGCACAAAGACCAUCGCUGGAACUUGGACUUCAAACGCUGCUGAUGAAGGGUACAAAACCACUGCCAGCAACAAUCCAGUCGGGCCGAGUCGUGUCCACCAGAAGGCUCGUCGUGAGGUCGGCACCGGGCCUUGGGAAGCGGACGCGGACCCAGCAAAGGCCUGGACGGAGGAGAGCGGGGAAAUGAGCCGAGACGGGUCGGGGCGGACAGAUGGAGGGGUGGCAUCCGCCGACGUGGCCAAGGUGAAACCGAUGCCGACCGUAGAACAGAUGGAGGGAAACUCCGAGCCCGAAACAACCAGAGGCAGCGAGACUGUGAAUGCCGACUUUAUGGCUGCGUGCCAGUUCCUCAACGAUCACAUGGACGACAUAGAGGACCCGACUGAGGACACGAAGAAGGCUCUGGUCGUGCUCUUCCAGGAGUGGUUCGGUGCGGCGGCGGAGGACAAUUCGGUGGCCAGCAGGGUGGCGGCGUACCUGAAGGAGAUCCAGAAGACCACACCGUCCCUCAUGGCCUUCCUCAUCAACCUGGCCGACGAUAACGGCAACACGGUUUUGCACUACAGCGUUUCUCACAGCCACUACAGUAUAGUCAGUCUGCUGCUGGACACAGGUACUACAAGUACUUCUGGUCACCAAACCCGUUUGUUCACAGAGACUCCGAAUUGUCUCGCAGGCGUGAGUGACGUCAACUUCCAGAACAAGGCGGGCUACACCGCAGUGAUGCUGGCCUCUCUGACGGUCCCUGACAACCCAAGUGACAUGGAGGUGGUCCGCAGGCUCAUGGGGCUCGGCAACGUCAAUGUCCGAUCCGAACAGACGGGCCACACAGCUCUGCAUUUGGCGGUGAGACACGGACGAGUCGUGAUGGUCCGCUCGCUGCUGAGCUGCGGAGCGGACGCCGACAUCCAGGACGGUCAGGGGACCACGGCCCUGAUGUUUGCGUGCGAGAGGGGCCACACGCACAUCGCCAGGCUGCUGCUGGAGAGGACCCGGUGCCGACUUAGCCUCACUGAUCAGAGCGGUCGUACCGCACUCGGCAUCGCCGUGCAAGGUUGCCACGGCGACACGGCCGCCCUGCUGCAGGCCCACGCCAGGACUCGAGCUUUGUAGCGACCUCUGACCCCCCAUGCCUCCCUCAUUUUCACAAAAGCAUGCUUCUAUUUUACAACUCACCCCCUUUAUGAAAUACAAAAAUGCAAUCUUCCCAAUGCCCUUGAAGGCAACACCCUGGGUUUUAUCAGGACAACGGAAACCUUUCUGGUUUGAAUCGAUGCGGUACCAAUUUCAGGUACGCUUGUGCGCGUCAACGUGACUAAAACACGCACUAACUUCAUAAAUAUGUAUUGUUGAAUAGUCAAAUUUCAUGUUUAAAUGUUGUAAUAAAUUGGUUAUAACGUUUGGCAUUUCUUGUUUUCUUACAUGUUCCAGUCCCAUUUGCAAGUAUUAUAGAGUAAACUUUGCCUGCAGUCGCAAUUCCAGGACAUUAGGUGGCAGUAGUGUGCAGGCUACUACAGGAAGUAGUCUUGUGUUGCGCUCUAAAAAGUGUUUAUACUGUAAGAUACGUACACAUUACGCACCGGCUGUUUGAAAGCAACGUGGGUCUUAGUCUGGAGAGUGCUGGAAAAUAAAAUUGAUAUUCACAUGCACAUGCA